AUGCAUGCAGCCGAUUGUUAUCAACAUAGAACAGAGCUGAGCACAACACUGGUGACGUUUGAUGACAAUAGGUUACCAUCAUGUCUGUGGCUGCUUGAGCAGCAAAUGCCUAGAGCUUGGCCCAUUGCCGUGCCACACAAAACUGAAGAAAUUAAAGACUUCCUGCUCACAGCCAGGAGGAAGGUUCCAAAAUCUGUUAAGAUCAAGAAUCAAAAGACCAUGAAAUUCAAGGUGUUGCUGAUCGCUGACCUAUACACUUUGCUCAUCACAGAUAAGGAGAAGGCUGAGAAACUGAAGGCAUCCCAGCCACCUGGUUUGACUGUGGAAGAACUGAAAUGA